GGUCUCUACCAAUCUUAACCUCUUUCACUCUCUAUUUCUUAAGUUCGUACCAUGAUCAGUUCCAAGAAACUCAUUAAGUUGACGAAAAGAUGGCAGAAAUUUACUGCCAUCCGAAGAAAGAGGAUUUCCUUUCCAAGACAAAAUGACGACACUGAUAGCUACAGUACUUCUUCUGCAGUUAACAAGGGUCAUUUUGCUAUCUACACAGCUGAUCAGAAGCGGUUUGUAGUCCCUCUAUCUUAUCUCGAGAAUGAGAGCAUUAGGCAACUCUUAAACUUGUCAGAAGAAGAAUAUGGGGUUCCAUGCGAUGGGCCUAUUACACUACCAUGUGAUGCAGCCUUCUUGGACUACAUCAUUUUACUCCUUAGCCGAGGUUUAUCCAAAGAACUUGAGAACGCAUUGCUCGUCUCAGUUACUUCACAUCGGUGUUCGUCAGCUCAGUUACUCCGAAACCAGGAAUUGCUAGUUUGCUGAUAUUAAUCUCAAUAAAUUUUGUAAAUGAGGAUAUAUAUUAGUUGUAGCUCAAUACAU